CAGUGCGCCGGGCCAACCAUGGAUUGUUAAGCAGCAAUCCGCCGCCCGAUUUACUAGCUUCCCACUGUGAAAUGCUGCUGGCCGUGGCACCGUAAUGCAUAAGUUCCUCGCAAGCAGCCGUUUAUGGUGCGAAGUGGUACGCCAAACCGGAGGCCAAACCACCAGUGUGCGACCUCCGUUUUGCUCACGAUGGCACGAUGCGUUCAAAUCGUCCGCAGCAGUUCACAUCAGCACCAGGAAGCUGCACAGUGGGAACGAUGGGACAAAAUCCCAGCUCAUAGAUGGCGAUGGUUCUGCGACGAAGAUUGCAUCCUUGCAGCGUCCGGUCUCGUUCCCACUGGCCACGCCAACGAUAACUGAUGGGAAAGCAUUACUUAGUGAAUUUAGUAAAUCUAUUGGGCUGCCGUCUGGGGUGGCGGUGGCAGCCACCGUGACUACCCCAUCAAAGGAAAAUGCCAGCCUAUCAACGACAGCAGAUGAAGCGAAAGAACCUGUGGUUGCUUCGAUCACCUCAUUGCCGGGGUUGAGCCGGUUGAUUUAUCACUACAUGAUGCUGUCGAAGAUACGGUUGACGUCACUGGUGGUUGUGACAACGAUGGCAGGCUAUGCGAUGGCUCCCGGCUCGUUCGAAUUAGGCACUUUCUUGCUCUGUUCUGUCGGCACAACGCUCGUUUCGGGUGCCGCUAACUCCAUCAAUCAGGUGAUUGAAACUUCGUUCGAUGCACAAAUGGCACGCACCCGGAACCGGGUGCUUGUCAAAGGCUACCUUUCUCGAUUGCAUGCCGUUGGCUUUGCGCUUGGGGCCAGCACCAUCGGUUGCAGCAUGCUAUACUUCGGUGUCAACGAGAUUACUGCGGCACUGGGAGCGGCCAAUCUGAUUCUUUAUACCAGCAUCUAUACGCCCAUGAAGCGGUACAGUAUUCUCAAUACUUGGGUUGGUUCGUUCGUCGGUGCGAUACCACCGCUGAUGGGCUGGGCCGCUUGUACCGGAGGCGAUCUCGGAGCCGGCGCUUGGAUCCUUGCCGGACUACUCUACUGCUGGCAGUUCCCUCACUUUAAUGCCCUAUCGUGGAACAUUCGGCCAGAGUACUUGAAGGCGGGCUACAAAAUGAUGGCCAACUCACACCCAGCCCUCUGCACACGCGUUUCACUAAGGCACACCGGUUUCAUUGCGGGACUCUCGCUAUUGGCACCGGUGCUGGAUGUGACAAACGCAUGGUUUGCACUGGAAACGCUGCCAUUGAACGCUUACUUUGCGUACCUCGCGUGGGACUUUCAUCAGAAGGCAGACAGCAAGAGUUCGCGCAAACUAUUCCGCUUCUCGCUACUACACUUGCCACUUCUGAUGGCACUGUUUCUGUUGAACAAGAAGUAUUGGCUGUUUGGAGAGGAAAACCCAGAAAAUAUGGAGCUCGAAAGUGGCGAAGCGUUGCUGAGCAGGGAGACGAAGGGAGUUGCUAGCGGCGAGUAUCUGGUACCAAAUAUAGUGACAGAAAUCGGAAGCUCCACUCCUAACGGGAGCAUCAAAGCGAUCGAAGAUAGUUUGCUAUCUAACGUGGCAACCGUUUUGCCUACCGCGGGUAAACAGAAGCUGUGAGACGGUCCCCUUCUGCGUAAGGGCUGAUGUACAAAGAGCAAAGUGAUAUAGUAACGAAUUAUCAAUAAACUGGUGCACAGAUGCUUCA